CUGUCACAGGCAGAUACUCAAGGGCAGCUAAGAGGGAGCUUGAGUGCUCUGCUUCCAUCAGGGAGAGAAAGGCAGCUGCUGGAAGUACAAGCUGGCAGGAUCAUGACAGACCCAAGUAGCAGAAAGGAAGCAUUUAAAAAAUGCCGGAGUGCUACAUUCAGUAUUGAUGGCUAUAACUUUACAAUUGUUGCAAAUGAGACAAGUGACAAACAUCCACGACCGCUUUUACAAUUUGCCCGGUCUAAAUCACAAAACUGCUUGUGGAACACUAUUAUGGGUGGGCUGACCAGCACUCACAAGGAAAAGCCAAAGCUGACCAUUGUCAACGACCCCAGACCUCCUGAAGAAAUUUUAGCAGAUGAACUACCACCAGUGGACAGUCCUGAGGCAUUGGUGAAAACAUCUUUCAGGAGAAAAUAUAAGAAAACAUCACAGAGACUGCGGUCUUUGGUAAAGCAAUUAGAGAGAGGAGAAGCUUCAGUUGUAGAUCUAAAGAAGAAUUUGGAAUAUGCAGCGGCUGUUCUUGAGUCAGUAUACAUUGAUGAAACUAGGCGCUUGCUGGACACAGAAGAUGAGCUCAGUGACAUCCGGUCUGACUCUGUGCCCUCAGAGGUCCGUGACUGGCUGGCCUCUACCUUCACACGGCAAAUGGGGAUGAUGCUCAAGAGGACUGAGGAAAAACCCCGGUUUAGGAGUAUCGUCCAUGCGGUGCAAGCUGGCAUAUUUGUGGAAAGAAUGUACAGGCGUACUUCAAAUAUGGUCGGCUUGAGCUACCCACCAGCUGUAAUUGGAGUGCUAAAGAAUGUAGAUGAGUGGUCAUUUGAUGUAUUUGCACUAAAUGAUGCCAGUGGGGAUCAUGCACUGAAAUUCAUUUUCUAUGAACUUCUCACACGCUAUGAUCUGAUCAACCGUUUCAAGAUUCCCAUUUCUGCCUUGGUGUCUUUUGUGGAAGCUCUGGAGGUUGGCUACAGCAAACACAAAAAUCCUUAUCACAACCUAAUGCACGCUGCAGAUGUCACACAGACAGUCCAUUACCUCCUUUUCAAGACAGGCACAGUGCACUGGCUGACAGAGCUGGAGAUCUUCGCAAUGAUUUUUGCAGCUGCUGUACAUGACUAUGAACACACUGGAACCACCAACAAUUUUCACAUCCAGACACGGUCAGACUCAGCCAUUCUAUAUAAUGACCGGUCUGUGCUUGAAAAUCACCAUGUUAGUGCGGCGUAUCGUCUUUUGCAAGAUGAUGAAGAGAUGAAUAUUUUAUCUAAUCUCUCAAAGGAUGAUUGGAGGGAAUUUAGAGCUCUAGUCAUUGAGAUGGUGUUGGCUACAGAUAUGUCCUGUCACUUCCAGCAAAUCAAAGCUAUGAAGAAUGCUUUGCAGCAACCAGAAGGAAUUGACAAGCCGAAAGCCUUAUCACUGUUAUUGCAUACAGCAGAUAUCAGUCAUCCAGCCAAGGCCUGGGAUCUCCAUCAUCGCUGGACCAUGUCUCUGCUAGAGGAGUUCUUCAGACAGGGUGACAAAGAAGCAGAGCUAGGGCUGCCCUUCUCUCCUCUGUGUGAUCGGAAAUCUACUAUGGUUGCUCAGUCUCAAAUAGGUUUCAUUGAUUUCAUUGUGGAACCCACCUUUACUGUGCUGAGCGACAUGACAGAGAAAAUUGUGACUCCCCUGAUUGAUGAAGCUUCCCACUCUGGCCUGUCUGGGUUUAGGCGUUCCAGUUUGAAUAGCAUUAGUCCCUCUGAAGUUAAAAGAUCAAGUGUCAAGAGCACUGGAUCCGAAGGAAGUGCCUCACUCCACUGCUCCAUACUCACUGUGGACUUCAAAGGUUUUAAAGACACCUGGACUGAGGUGGUGCAGCAGAACAGGGAGAAAUGGAAAGCACAAGCCACCAAAGAAGAAAAAGCUAAGAAAGAAGCAGAAGAAAAUGCUUCUCAGGGAACAGAUGAAAAGGAAAGAGACGAACAGGAUGGGAAGCCAAGUGAAGAUGUCACAGAAGCAAAAACAGAAAAGAGCAAAGAACCAAAUUCUGGGGAAAGCAAAAGUGCAGAUUCCAGUAAGAAUCCUGUAAAUGACACUUGGCAAAGUGGUAUGAGCAAACAUGAAGCCUCUCAAGGGAAAAAUGCACCUAGGACAGAUAAGAAAAUGGAUCCUCAUCAUACUGUGGGUGAAGAGAAACAGCAUGUCCAGAAUGGUGAAUUAAGGGAAGACAACAAAUUGGACAGAAAAGAUGAGUUUACUGUGGGGGAUGAAUCAAAGAAAACAGAUGCCAUCAAACCUCAACUGCAUCACCUCAGGAGGCCUGCUCACAACCCAGGAGACAAUUUCCCUGCCUUACACAAGAAAUUGGAGGAACGUCCAGUGAGAGGUAAGGUGUUUGACGAGAGGGGAAGAAUGAAGAAGAUUCAGCAUAUUUCCCAGACUUGGAAUAGGAAAUAGCAGAAGAGAUAAAGAGGCUUCUUCUGGAAUGGCAGACAGAGAACAUUGUGGAAUCACUGCACAGGCCAUACUACAUUGACAGCAGCUGCAAUUCUAACUAAAACCAAGUGUAUGAUUUAACUAUACUAGAAUGGACAUUUUGUUAGAAAUUACUUCAAUAGCCUUAUUAUUGUAGCAUAUGCUCACUUAGUACUAAAAUAUUGGUCUGUUACCUUGAAAGAAUUACGUACACAAAGUAAUUGUAUGUGACUUACCUCCUGUCAAAUUAAGCCAAUGCUUUCCCAGAUUAUUGGUUUCCUUGUGAUGUUCUCAAUGUGACCUUCUGCCUACCACUGUUAAAACAACUCCUAUUUCAGACAGCAUGGGAAAAUUUUUUCUUGCCUAACAGCACUGGGAAUAAAUGUCUCCUGUCACAGUGUGAAAGGUGUUCAGGAGGAUGCAGGUAGGAGGCUGGAGUACAAAGAGUCCUCUCACUUCACUCACUAGAAAAAGGACCUAUAGCACAACAUUAAAAUUGUCCUUUGCUCAAAUUCUGCUUAAUAUCAAAUCGCACUGAUUGUCUUUUAUGGCAUUAAUUUAGUUGAAUUUGAUCCCAUGCAUUCUUUCAGUGUCCCAUGGGCAUGAGUUUCACAGUUGAACAUGUCCCUUGUGAAAAAGUUCCUUUUGCCCCAGAUUUUGCACUUUGACAAACAGAGACAAAUAUCUCUCUGUCCUCUUUCCCCAAGCCCCUGGUGACUUACAUAUGACCUCAACUGCCCCUUUGCAAUCCUCUUUCUACUUUUCUCACAGGCAAACCUAUUUUACUUUUCAUUUCCCUCACUGCUCUUCUCUAUAUGCUUCUUGAUUUUAAUCUCAUUUUGAAAGAAGAGAACAAGCACUGCAUACUGCUCAAGUUGCAGGUAUACCAGAAAUGUUUCGAAUAAUACAAUUGCACUUUCUGUUUUACCUUCUAUGCUUUUCUGAAUAGAUUUUAAAGCUGUACUUUUGUUUUUGAACCUCCUUGAGGGCUGAACAGUAGUUUCUGUAGAAUUCUUUGUAAAAAUCCUAAUUAAUGUUUAGCCCAAGUACACACUUGGACUUGUGAGGUUAGUGUUUCCUCUCUAUAUAUGUGUCUUUCUUCACUAACCAACACUGAAUUGGUGGAUUUGCCAACUACACUGAAGUAAGCUGCUACUGCUCCUUCUUUUUUGCUUCUGUACUUUUUUCUCCAUUUCUGUUCCCUAUUUGCUUUCUUCUUCCACCAACAACUUUUCCACAUCACAUCUUCUGGAGAAGCACAUUGAAUUGCAGAAUCAACAGUCCUUUUUUACUAUGAAUCCUGACGCUUUCAUCACACUUUUGAAUUUAUUUAUGCAUUUUUAUUUUUCUCCCCAUUGUCAACUAGUUAUUUACCCAUCUUAAGGUCAUAUGUUGCCAUCCUCUUUUAAUCCAUGACAACGCAGUAGCAUUGACAUUUUUUUGAUCAGGACCUUGGAAAAAUGGAGAAAACCAUUGUUAGCUCCUCCAAGGAGUGUCAAGGUUUGUGAAGCAGAAUUUCUUGUACAGAGACCUGUUGAACACUCUUUGUUAUAAGUAUUUUUGUUAGAAGUAUCCCUGCCACCUACCAAUUCUAUUAUUCCUGUUUCUAAAACUUUGCUCACUGUUAAUUAGUAUGGUUAUAUACCACAAGUUUGUAAUUAUGGUCAACACUAAAACUGCACCAGCUGGUACCACUGGUGCAUGACAGUCACCAAAAUCAAGGCUGGUUGUCACAUGAAAAAGCCAAGAUAUUUUCCCAGUGCUACAGAUGCUCUUCACUCCAUUAAGAGAGGACCAGUGCAAUUCCAGAUGCAAUCCCCUCAAAAUCUCACACCUUUUUACAAUAUUUUGCUGGACAUCUUCACUGCCCAAGGACUCUGAUGUCACCAUGUUUCAGUUACUUCCAUCCUUUGUACUUGGUGCUUCAUGUUUGUGAUGUUGACCUCCGCUACCACCAGAACUUGUGACUCCAGAAGCAGGGCUGGGUCACUGCCUAAACACAGUGCUGAAAGGAAUGCACUUUAAAGCCUCGUGCUUAUGAGAUGUGAUUUAUCUCUAGGAAUUUUCUAAGAACUGUAUUUUGCUUGUAGAGUACCCUAAAAUGUUUUACUCAAAUAGGCUGUAUACUGCAUAUAUUGUAUCCAUAUAUAUGUAUAUGUGCA